AUGCCGAGCCGAGCAGUUGAAGAAUUCCAUGGAAACAAUGAAUUGGAUGAGCUUCUCGGUGCCCCGCCGUCGAGUUUCUUCGACCUCGAGCCACUGCGGCAGGACGAAGAAGGCGCAGAGAUCGAUGAGGAGAAACUGAGACUGCGCAUUUGGGACGGUCUCAGCCGCCUGAAACAGCUCAAGGGUCGUCGUCGUCGUCGACGGUCAGAGAAGCUCCCGGACCGCCGCGCCGCCGUGGUCGAUCACGCGCAGGAUCAGGUGCGGCGGAAGAAGCUAGCGCAAAUCCUGGAGCGGAUCCUGGAGGAGAUGCUCCGGCUGAUAAACAACGGCCACGCCCAAGCAUUCGUGUACGGCAUCGUCCCUAACCGCGGCAAGCCCAUGAGCGGCGCCUCCGACAACCUCCGCUCCUGGUGGCAGGAGACGGUGCGAUUCGACCGGAGCAGCCCCGCCGCCAUCGGCAAGUACCGGAAGGAGAAGUGGCCCGACUUCGUCGGGAGGGUGAUCGGCGCCGACUUCUCCGUCCCCGCCGCGCUGCAGGAGUUGCAGGACACCACGCUGGGCUCGCUCCUCUCCGCGCUGAUGCCCUACUGCAACCCGCCGCAGCGCCGGUACCCGCUCGACAAGGGCAGGCGGCCGCCGUGGUGGCCGACCAUGGAGGAGCAGUGGUGGCCGGAGACGGGGGUGCCCAAGGACCCCAGCCCGCCGCCCUACAAGAAGCCGCACGACUUGAAGAAGGCGUGGAAGGUCAGCGUGCUGAUCGCCGUCAUCAAGCACUUGAUCCCCGACGUCGACAAGAUCCAAAGCCUGGUGGAGAAGAGCAAGGGACUGCAGGACAAGAUCACGGCCAGGGAGAUCGAGAUCCUCCACGCCGUCUUGAGGCACGAGCUCAAGAACGGUCUCGCGGAUCAGGACAGACCGCGAGAGGCCCCUGCUAUAACAGAGGUGGACGCCGAGCAGCAGCAGCAGCAGGAGACCAUGAAUGUGUCGUUGACCCACUACUCGUUGACAAUGGAGGUCAACGACGACUUCCCCCUUCCCUACCAGAUAUCCUACAGCCAUGAAAUCCAACUGCAUGACAACUGCGGAUAUCUAAUUCGCCACGCUCUGCCCGACGUGAAUCUGUUCCAGAGAAGCUUGAGCCAGCUGCAGCAACAACAAUCUGAUGAUCAUGCUGUCCCUGCGGAAGGAAUCGGCGAGAACACAUUAAUAAUCGAGCCGGCGGUGUUCCCGAUUCUGGAGCAGGCUCUGCUCUUCGAGCCCAGUAGCUAUGGAGAGAUCGAGGAGGAGGAUAUUGAAGUUGGCAUGAUGGACGUGGACGAUCACUGCUUUUCCCUGGCCCAGCCAAGCGCGCAGACGCAGAGCAGUCGAACGCCGGACAAUUUUGCUGAACUGGAGGAAUUUUGUGAUUGGUGCAAGGAUUAUUGUUGA